UCCAAACGUUUCGAUUGCCGGCGAGCGGAGCGCGGCGCGAUAGUUGGACUUUUCGCAGCCAUUGGUAGCCAUAGCAACCGCGAAUUAUGGCCGCUCGAUUAAUAGUUUGCUGCUGAAUGACAGCCACGCAUAAAGAUAAUUAAAUACGUGGCGUCUCGAAAAAUAGUCUCUGCCUUUUUAUUGCGUGAGUACAAUCUCGAUUCUUCUUUGUACGUAGCGCACUGCGAGUGACGGGAAGAGAUUCGGAGAAAUUCAGGUUCCGUCCGUUCGACGAAGUCACGACUCAGCUUUCUUGUCGCAUCCGUUCGGGUUUGAUAUCGCUCGCGUCCCGGCAAAUCGGCAAAUCGCACACUCCGAUUUCGCGAUGGAUACCGAGAGCGGAGAAAUAUUCGUUCGCAGCAAGUCGAACGGCGAGAAAGCUGAAGCCGGGGAACGAAAACUAGCAAUUCGCGUAGGAACGUGUCGUACGCUUUAAAUUCUCCGUCGUAGUUUCUCAUGAUACGUAUCUCUCUUCCAAAAAUUUAAAUCUUGAGUCUCGCGGAUACUCUCCAGUAGCGCGCGCACACGAAUAUAAUAUAAUUGUUCAGGCAAUUUUGCGCGAAACGAUCGGCGGCGGCAGCGGUGGAGAAAAGCACGAUCAGUUCGAGAAAAUCUAUAUUCUUGCAUGUUGACCCGCACAAAGAUUGCUUGCGUGCGACCGUAAGAAAAUGCUAAUUCCGACAUGACACAGAUAUAUAUUCCCAUGUAUAUAUAAACGGUGUUCUAGAUCGCGUUUACAAGCGUCCUCGCUCCUCGCAGUCGCAGAUUCUAUGGUAUUAACGUAAUACGCGUCGAACGCUUCGGGCGAUUCGCGCGAUUCUCCAGGCAAGUUCAACGUUUCGCAAGCACAACGUGGUGCGAUGUACACACACGUCGGCACACUCUUGUCUUAAAUAACUCAUCGAUCGCGACUGUGCGAGCACUUGGCAUUAAAAUAUCGCGAGUUCGUGCGACAGUUCCGCGGACGUGUCUUUAACACAGUAUCGGAGAGUUCAGAUCGACGCGCUUGUAAAGAAAAUUGUCUUGCCAUCUUGUCGGCGAUUUACAAUCUUAUGCCGGAGUAUCAAAUAUUCAUUCCACCGCUAUAGAGUCAAUACUCCUGGCACGACUCACACUAGAUUAUAUACCGUGACAAAGCUUUAUUACAUGACUCAUAAACCAUGCUUACGUGCGCAGGUGUUUGAGCUUCUACCUAAGGACUUAAGUAUUUCCUGUGCGCAAGUGCGAAGAGUAUGACACGCUGCCGAUUUCGGUGGCGUGCGAGCGCAUGUUUGGUGUAAUGUUCGUGGCUGUUACAUGAGGAGAAGUGACACGCGAAAAUUUCCAAGUGAUCGAGCGUGAGUGAAUGAAAAAUGAAUCGAUACAUCACGUUGAAUCAGUUGGGCGACGGGACCUUUGGUUCCGUCGUUCUCGGGGAACGUAUCGAUACCGGUGAGAAGGUCGCUAUAAAAAGAAUGAAGAGAAAGUAUUAUUCCUGGGAAGAGGCUAUGAAUUUACGAGAAGUAAAGUCACUGAAGAAGCUCAGUCACGCGAACGUUGUGAAGCUUAAAGAAGUUAUACGGGAAAACGAUGUGCUGUACUUCGUUUUCGAGUACAUGAAAGAGAACCUCUAUCAACUAAUGAAGGAUAGGGACAAAUUAUUUCCCGAACCGGUGAUAAGGAACAUGGUGUACCAAGUACUGCAAGGUCUCGCUUUUAUGCACAAACACGGUUUCUUUCACCGUGACAUGAAGCCGGAAAAUUUGCUAUGUAUGGGGCCCGAAUUGGUAAAGAUCGCCGAUUUCGGCCUGGCGAGAGAGAUUCGUUCGAGACCUCCGUAUACGGACUACGUGUCGACCAGAUGGUAUCGCGCACCAGAAGUAUUGCUGCACUCCACGACUUACAACAGUCCGAUUGACAUUUGGGCAGUCGGCUGCAUAAUGGCCGAGCUAUACACGUUCAGACCGCUGUUCCCAGGCAAAAGCGAGAUCGAUGAAAUAUUUAAGAUAUGCUCCGUGAUCGGGACACCCGACAAGGACGACUGGCCGGAGGGUUACCAAUUGGCCGCGGCUAUGAAUUUCAAGUUUCCAAAUUUCACACGCACGUCGUUGGGCGUUUUGAUUCCGAACGCCGGUCAAGAGGCGGUUAUACUCAUGGAGGAUAUGUUGCAGUGGAAUCCCAUCAAGAGACCGACGGCUCAACAGUCGCUCAGAUAUCCGUAUUUUCAAGUCGGCGAUCCGCGUAUAAUUAGCAGCAAAAAGAUCGGCGUAACUUCGCAACGAGAGCUCGCCAUGAACAAAAUCAAUCUUCCGCCACCCGUAUCAAAGCAGUACAAUUAUUCUCAGCAGGACUUCGUUAAUAGCCUGGUUCAGUCGAGAGCCCCCGAAAAAAUGGUCGUCCAGUCGCAACAGCCGGCGGCUUUGCCGUUACUGAGUCACAGCGAUCAGAACAAGCACGAAAGCGACAACACCGCGAAGUGGGAAGAGGACGAAUUCGCAGAUCUUUUGGGGGGCAAGAUCUUGCCGGAGAACCCGAGCGCGAUGCUCGUACCCGAUCGGCUGUACAAGGAGAACCAUGCCAAUUGGAACCACGCCAAUUACCAGCCGCCCGAUAACCUGAAACAUGGCAACACGAACUGGUCGUUACCGGUGUGGAAGGAGCCACCGUCGAGGAUGUGGAACAAUCAGUCGAAUCAGUCGAACCAGAUGAAGAGCUCGCGCAAGGUCUCGGCGAAGCAGCACUACCUCAGUGUGGCUCGGUACGUCGCAGGCCAGAGCACAAAUUUACCGUCCAGAAACGGCGAUCCCGAUAUCAAUCGGUCGAGACUGCUGUUGAACGGGCUGAUUGGCCAGGCGGGGUCCAACAAGUACGAUGACUUUACCGAGUCCUUCUGGGCGCCUAGGGACAGUAUCGAGAAUCAAACGAGACAGCACUAUCUCGCGCGAAAUCGUUAUAUCGCCGAGCAAAGCUUGAGAUUACCUUACUCCAGCGUGUACGGUACCCAAAGUAUUAAAGCUACCAAUAAACCGGCCUUUCAACCGAAUUUGUUUGGAAACGUCCUCCACACGAAAAUCAGCGGCGGACCUCACGGUCGGACGGACUGGGCAGCCAAGUACCUCAAAUGACCGUUAUAGGGAAGAACCGUUCUUCUCAUCACCGCUUAACGAUCCGUCAUCGUGCCUAUUCUCUUAGAGAGACGAUUCUCUUAACUGUGAUAGAACGAUCGCUGUCGUUCCACUCGGACGCGCAGAAACGCGCAAAGGAAGAACGCGUUUCGCUUCCGCGCUACGGUUUUGCGAAAGUAACGUCGUAACCGAGUUUUAGAUUAGAACAGGCAGCGAGACAUUUCGUGACAAAGCGAAAGGCGGUAUCGCCGAUGCUGUUGACAAGUACUCUCUGUGCCGCAAAUAUAUCACAUCAUUCCAUACGACCGCGACUCGGGGGCCGAGUAUGUAGAUUUCUCUUCUGUAAGUCGUCCAUG